AUGGCUACCAAAAUCACUGGCACGCCAUCAAUCUGCCUCUUCAGCAGCCAUGGUAGAAAUUGCCAAUACUUGCAUUUUCCGAAUUUCUGUUCAUUCAACCUCGCUGUGGUUAAGGGCCAAUGCAAGAUCAAGAACCCUAAUCAUUUCUUCAAGUUUGGAGCUAAAUAUGGGAUUUAUAAAAGGAGCAAAUUUCAACUAAAAGCCUCAGCAGAUUCUGGAGGUUCUCCUUCCUGUUCAUGGAAAAAGUGGUUGUUGGGGCUGCUGCUAACAGUGAUUCUUCCUGCCAUGGGACAUAAAGGGGGGCUAUUUGUAGGCCUUAAAAGUAAGAUAGCUGCAGCUUUGAAGACGGUGGAGACAGUAACAGAGAUUGUGGAAGAGGUGGCGGAGGAGGUGGAGAAGGUGGUGGAGGAGGUGGAGGAGAAGCUUCCACAGGAUUCAAAGCUCAAGGAAGCUCUAGAAUCCGUCGAGAAUCUGGCCAAGAAAGCUGUCAAGGAGGCUAAACAAGCCGAAGAACUUGUUCACAAGGUACAGAAUGUCGAGGAGACUAUAGAGGGGACAAUAGAGGGGGUAUUGAUGAAAGCUGACACAGAUGAAACAAAGUUGAACGGCCAAAAGACAAGCUCCAAGGACCAAGAUCCAACUGCCAAAUUAUAG